UUUUUUUGACCGUGGCGCGUGAACAGAACUUUUAUUUUGGACAGGCGAAAUGACGUCAUAAGGCUGCACCGCGGUCCCGCGUUCUGCUGAAACAAGAAAAUCCAGUUGACGUACUAUUAUAAAGAUGGCGUUUAUUAAAGAGGAAAGUGAAGACAUGAGGAUCGAAGAGGACUUCAGAGUGAAACAAGAAGAUGCUGAGGAACAAGCAGAUCUGAUCAUACUGAAAGAAGAAAGUCACGAACUGAAUGAAAUGGAAGAGAAAGAUAAGUGUGAGAAGCUUCAAGAUUUUAUAAUUGGAGAAAAAUCCCAUCAGACUGGAAAGACGUCCUCACGAAAAAGAGUUCAAAAGACAGAAUCUAACAGUUAUUUUACCUGCUGUCAGUGUGGAAAGAGUUUCAAUCAAAAACAAAACCUUGAAGUCCACAUGAGAGUUCACACUGGAGAGAAACCUUUCACCUGCCAACAGUGUGGAAAGUGUUUCACUCAAAAAGGAAACCUUAAAAGUCACUUGAGAAUUCACACUGGAGAGAAGCCUUACACCUGCAAACUGUGUGGAAAGAGCUUCACAGCAGAACCAAACCUUAAGUAUCACAUGAACAUUCACAAUGGAGUGAAGCCGUUCACUUGUGAUCAGUGUGGAAAGAGUUUCACCCGUAAAGUAACCCUUAAUUACCACACAAGAAGUCACUCGGGAGAAAAUGGUUUAAUAUGUCAUCACUGUGGAAAGAAUUUCAGUCAUAAAGUAAGCCUCAAGACUCACAUGAGGCUUCACACUGGAGAGAAGCCUUACACAUGCCCUCAGUUGUGUGGGAAGAGCUUCUCGCUAAAAGGAAAUCUUAAGACUCACAUGAGAAUUCACACUGGAGAGAAGCCGUUCAUGUGUGUUCAGUGUGGAAGAUGUUUCACACGUAAAGUAACCCUUAAUUGCCACAUGAGGAUUCACUCAAGAGAGGACUGUUUUAUAUGUCAUGAAUGUGGAAAGAGUUUCCCAGACAUGAAACACCUGAACAGACAUGUAAUAAUUCACUCUGGAGAGAAGCCUUUUAAAUGCCAACAGUGUGGAAAGGGAUUCCAAUUCAAUAAAAAUCUUAAGACUCACAUGAAAAUUCACACCAGAGAAAAAACUUUCAAAUGCCAUCACUGUGGGAAGAGUUUCAGUUAUAAAGUAAGCCUUAAGACUCACAUGAGACUUCACACUGGAGAGAAGCCUUACACAUGCCCUCAGUGCGGAAAGAAUUUCACAUAUACAGCAACGCUUAAUGCCCACGUGAGAAGUCACACUGGAGAGAGGCCGUUCAUAUGUGGUCAGUGUGGAAAGAGUUUCACACGCAAAGGAAACCUUAAUUACCACUUGAGGAUUCACUCAAGAGAGAACUGUUUUAAAUGUUAUCAGUGUGGAAUGAGUUUUACAGACAGGAAUCACCUUAAGAGUCAUGUAACAACUCACAUUGGAGAGAAACCUUUCAUGUGCCAUCACUGUGGAAAGAAUUGCACAAACAAAGCGAAUCUUGAGGUUCACAUAAGAGUUCACACUGGAGAGAGGCCUUUCACCUGCCCUCAGUGUGGGAAAAGUUUUACACUUAAAGGGAAUCUUAAGACUCAUAUAAGAGUUCACACAGGAGAGAAGCCUUUCACAUGUCUUCAGUGUGAAAAGAGUUUUACAUAUCAACGAGACUUGAAACGUCAUUUGCAAACUCAUUCUGAAAAGAAAUUACAGUGUUCCGAGUGUGGAAAGGGAUUUCGGAAAAAUAGCAAUUUCAAGAAUCACCUGCACAUUCACUCCGGAGGGAGGCGAUUUCGUUGUCAUCAGUGUAAUAAAAAAUUUCUUUUGCCAUCACACUUACAGAUACACUUGAAGAGUCAUGCAGAUGUGAGACGUUAUUUGUGUUCCUUGUGUGGUAAGAGGUUUAAAUGGCUCAGCAAUUUAAAAUGGCAUCAGAAAAUACGGAUCUGUGUGAAACUGAAAAUUUCACCUCAGCUGAAUGCGGGCCAAAUCUGAGUGUCCAGCUUCAUGACCAUUUGCCUCUGUAUAUUUUUGUCUUGAGACUUCUUAUUUCCUUUUCUCAUGUACUUAUGAACUUUUGUGGCCACACCUCACCAUCUCCUUUGCUAUAUAGAAUAUUGAGUGGUUACGGAAGACACCCUCUAAUUUUGAUUCUAUAGAGGCGUCGCUCCAUUCCAUAUACUUGAAUCGUAAUAUUGGUUAAACUUCUGUCUUGCUGUGAAUUGCUACAAUAUACAGUAUAAGAAAGACUAUAAAUAAAAGGACAUAAACUUAAUGAAAAACUGAAAAAUGCACAGUUAAAGAUAUGUUAUCUGGACUUUAACAUGGAUGUUUGGGAUCAUCUGGUGACAUCUGGAAGCAAAGUUGUGUAAAAGCAGUCCCACUCCUGUCUUGUGUUUUUAGCUUAUAUAAUGAACAGUUAACACAGCAUCAGUGUUAAUUUUGGUAGGCAUUUUUGAUUUAGCCUUAGUCUUUAUAUUGAGACGUAAAUGCUUAAUAGUCUUAGUCACAUUUUAGUCAUUUGAGUCUUUCAUAGUUUGUCGACGAAAAGUAAACUUUUAGUCAUUACUUUUAGUCAAACUGCAGUUACCAACAUUUAUUUUGGUAGCCAUUUUAUAUGUAGUCUUCAAACAAAAAUAGUCAUUAAUUCUUCUCUCUUUAAAUCAAGCUUUUGAGAAAUUUGAAUCAAGGAUUGAAUUUGGAAAAACUGGAAUAAAUAUUCAUUUUUUUGUUAGAGAUACAAAUUAAACUCAUUUUUCAGAUACAGUAGGUUUACUUAACUAUACUUAAUUAUACUUAACUAAUGACACAGAUAGGUCACAUUUAAGACGGAUGCAUGUAAUACUUACUGACACACAUUCAGUUUCCACCCACCUGUUUAUGCUCACUUAAGCCAUAACCGACUGUAUUUACGUGAGAUACUUUACACAAUAGACACUUGGACUGCUGUUUCGUAUUUGAGCACUGAGAACUGAAGUGGAGUGUGUGCGUGAGAGAGCGCUUCUAUCAGUGCGAUUCUGUCUAUCCCGCCUUCACUAACUUUUAAGUUAAUCGACCACAAAUUGUGACUCCCAGGAAAAACGGAACGUCUGGUUACCCAGUCCCUAACCCUUCAGGUGCUGAGGCCAUUGUUUCAGAUCGCUAGUUCUAGUUUUGGUAGCCUAUCUAUCCACUGCGGCUGCCAUAACAAGACUAGAUAUGCGAACGCACCUCAUCUGAUUGUAAUCCAAUGACAGGGACGCACAUUUUGAAAGACAAGACAGGUAACUAAGCCUAUAAGAUGUAUUUUGAAUGUCCAGUAGUCCUCAAAUAACAUUCUAGUCCCAUCUCGUCUUGUUAACGAAGACGCGGCAUAAAUUUCGUCAUAGUUUUUAAUUUCAGAUAUUAAUUUUAGCUCGUCAACAUCUCGUCUUAGUAACAGAAAAAGGUUCGUUAACGAAUAUUUUUCGUCGUCAUCUUCGUUAACGAAAUAAACACUGCACAGCAUUACAAAAAAUGCAUUAAAAGUUAAAGUAUACAUCAGCUUUGAUGCAGAUGCCUAGUAUACUCCUUUUGAUAGCAUGUGCGAACACAGGUGCACUAGAAAGUUUAAUCUCUGUCCAGUGUCUGCACUAUUUCUCUCCAGAAGUUAUUAGUAAUAAAAAUGUCUUGUUAAAAAUUUACUUGUUUAGAGUAGAAUUGUGGGCGCCUUUAAACAACAACUUGUCAAUGUAGGCAUCUUUUGUGUCUCCAGUAAUUUGUUUGUUGUUCUGUCAGCUGUUCUAUGUUUCAAAUGUGAAACAAUUGCCAGGGCCACUUUGUGAACAAACUAGUGUCCAAGUGCAAACCCCCCCCCCCAUGAGCAUGAGCUGAGUGUGCAGUGUAUGCGGUUAGAAGAAAAUGGCUUUGCAUGUAGAUAUGCUCAUACUAUGCUGAUGAUGAAAUUUGUUACACACUGUUUGUAAACCCUACUGUACACCUAAAAACCAAAGUAUAAUGUAGAUUUAUAGAGUCUACUUCAUAGAUUUACAGAAGUAGUUAAGAAUGCUUAUUUUUUUCAUGUGGUAGCAUGCAAUUCAUCAUCCAUGAGCAUGGUGCACACUCCUAUUUUUUGUGCUUCACACAAUAUCCACAUCCCUGCCCUUUUGUCUCAGCUAGAAUGCAUAUUGCUUGCUGUUAUGUGAAUACCUGGCUAAAACGCUGUUGGCCUCAUGAGUAUAGAGGGUAUGCACGUGACGUCACCGUCAGCUGGAGUGACUACAGUUCUACCCACUGAGUGGCAAAAAGACUGAAUGACAGCAUUGGUUUUCAGCGUGAAAGCUGUGCGAGGACACACAAAACACAUCUAAAACAACAAAUAGAUUUGGCAAGAAAUCUGAGGUAUAUUUUACAGACUGCUGAAAGCUAUAGAAAAGAGAAGCAAAUGGAUCCCUGCAAUUCAAAGAAACAAAUGGACUCUAGGCAGCGAAACAUGGAUUUGUAGUUAUCAUUUUAUGUUAAUGUUGAAUUUUGCAGCAAAAUCAUACCCUAGAUAUUGUAUUGUUAUAUAUGUCGACUACUCAUCAAUUAAGCAUUUACCAUCUUAUAUUCUGCAUGACUGGAGGUUUUUAAAUAAACACUGACAAAAACUAUACAGGUUUUUGGGCUGGACGAUAAAUAUAACACUGAUAUAAGUGGUCACCCGGAUUUAGACCAACCUACUUUGUAUUUACAAAAUGCAUUCACUGGCAAAUUUGCUUUAUGUGUGUCCCCGGUGUCGAAAUCAGGCACAUAUAAAUGUCAGGAAACACAAUUACUGGCUGCACAUCAAUAUCCAUGAUAUUCACUGGAUCUUUGAUAAGUUGUAAGGAACACUAUAUCAAGUCCAACAACCUUUAGUUUAAACUGAUUAUCUUUUUUUACUUGCGUUUUCACAGCUUCCCUAUUAAAUUCAGUCAUGCAGUACUGUAGGCUCUAUUGCUGCUCAGUCCGGCUGAGGGGGUGCGCACCGGCGGGAAAGUGACGUCAGUGAAUACCCUCUAUUGUGCUGAUUGGAUUUUUUCUUAAUGCCAAAACACACUGCACGAUUUUAGCAAUACUAUAACUUGGCUACAACGUGUGUGUAGACUGUACGAUGACUCGUACCUUCCUAAGCACAUUACUAUUAUAAAAUAAUAAAACGUCUUCAGCAUGCGCUAGUGGUAAACAAAAAGAGCAUGAUAAACUUUAGCAGUUGUAUUUUUUUAUGUGUGCUGAAAAAAAGUGAAACGGCGAAAGAGGAAGGGAUAAGAGCUUGACGUAAACAGUUUUAUGUUUUAGCGCCAUGUUGCAUUGAUUUCAUGUUGCUUUUUUAUUGGUUGGUCAGUAAAUGUGAAUCGUACCAGCAAACACAGUGUGCAAUGAUCAUGCUGUAUCGUAGGCUAUCUUUGGUCGCAAGACCUUGACAACGGCCGUCUUAGAACCUCUCUCACUGUACGACAUAAGAGCACCGAUUAGGAGCCACAAUCACAGAAAUCGCCACGAUUGUUUCACAAUGCCAAUCUUUUGUCCUGUUCAUUAAAGGCAUAAAAAAGCCCAUAAAUAUAACUUAAAAAAAAAAAAAAAGAAGAACUUGCCCAAAAAUAAAAAUUUGCUGUUAAUUUACUUACCCAAAUCAAUGGGUGCCAUCACUCUGAGAGUCAAAAAACUAAAACGGAGGACAAAAUAAAUACUGAUGGCUCCUUAUGAAGCAAAACAAUCGCUCUGAAACUGAACGUUAUUUACAUUAUUACUUGUAAUCCAUUGCCUCAGACAAACAGUAUGAGGAGGUAUUCACAAUAGCAAACUCAAGAGUGAACUGAUGCAUGUGUAGACCAAAUAUCUUUACCAGCAGUUUAACAGCAGCCAGUAAAGUACUUUAAAUGAACCUGGCAUUGCAAUGGCUGAUGAUACCACCUUCUGCACACGCGUGCGUCCUCCCUCUCUGUUGUAAACAACAAAGGCAUCCAUUCACAGGUGAUUUUGUUCCUGAGACGCAUCAAGCCCAACAUGGGCUUCGUUCAAACCUUUUAAGUCAGUGAAAAUUACAGCUAAAAAAGCACAGAUAAAAAUACAUUUAAAAAAAUUACAUGAGCAUAUAAAAACGCUGAUUUAACAAUUACAAAUACUUAAAAAUAAAUGUAAAUAGGAAUUUAAAUAAUAAUAAAGAUUCAGUUCAGCUGCAAAAAAUAUAUUCAAAUUAACUUAUUUUUUCUUACUGUGGAUCAGCUCCAUGUUACCAAAGCAUUAGUCACGAAGGUCAUGAUAAUUAAAAGAUUUUAUUAAAAUAUACUGUUGAUAAAAAUAGGUUAUUAAUAAUAUACCAUGAAUCUUUUGAAAAAGAAUUAUAUAAAGGCAAAUGAUUGUUUCAAAUAAUUGUAGUCAUUGUUGGGAAACAAACACAUUCUAGAUUAAUCAGAUUUUUCAGACAGCUUACAUGUACACAAAAUGACACUGAUGCAAAACUUGACUAGGCUAGUCUGAAGGUGUAUCUCCUGCUGAGGAUGUGCUCUUCCCCAAACAAUGUGCUAACAUUCUAUUACAGUUGUUUUUUUUAAUUAAAAUGUUAUUUAUACAACAGCUCCAGUCCUCAAAUUUCAUUGAUGUUUUUUUUUGGCAACUUGCAGGUUACAUUGUUAUGCCAAUAGAUUAUGGCAAGUGUCUUUAUGAGUGAGAAAAGACCACUCAACCAAAUUAGUCAUUUGUCAAAAUAUUUGACCUUUGAUCACCACCUGAUGAUGUUAAUGCUCAUUUAAGGUUGGUACAAAGCACUUAAUCAAUGACAUUAGCUAUGUUUCCAUCCAAAGAUUCGAAUUUAACUUAUGCGCAAAACUGGAAUAUUGCAUAAAACAUUUGCGAAUAAAGCACCGUUUCCUUUCAACGAGUCAAAGAGAAUAAAAUCGUCACUUCCUGAUAAACUGGCACUAUAUAUAUAUAUAUAUAUAUCACUAAGAAAAGUAGGAGAAGCCACUUAAUAUAUGCAUUUUCAUAUAUGAUGUAAUUCAUGUGACCCUGGACCACAAGGAUCGGACAAUAUUUGGCCGAGAUACAACUAUUUGAAAAUCUGGAAUCUGAGGGCGCAAAAAAAAUCUAAAUAUCGAGAAAAUUGUCCUUAAAGUUGUCCAAAUUAAGUUCUUAGCAAUGCAUAUUACUAAUCAAAAAUUAAGUUUUGAUAUAUUUAUGGUAGGAAAUUUACAAAAUAUCUUCAUGGAACAUGAUCUUUACUUAAUAUCCUAAUGGUUUUUGGCAUAAAACAAAAAUGGAUAAUUUUGACCCAUACAAUGUAAUUUUGGCUAUUGCUACAAAUAUACCCCAGCGACUUAAGACUGGUUUUGUGGUCCAGGGUCACAUAGGCUUAGUUCACACUGCAGGCUGAAGUGGCCCAAAUCCGACUUUUUUGUCCAUAUGUGACCCAUAUCUGAUUUUCUUAUGACAGUCUGAACAGCACAAAUCCGAUUUAUUCAAAUCAGGCCAGGCCACUUUCAUAUGUGGUCCUAAAUCGGAUACAUAUCCAAUGUUUUGCAAUACGACUUCAGUCUGAACGGCCAUGUCGCAUUUCAUGCGAUUUUUACGUCAUUGAAAUGCAACAGACGUCACAAUUCUGCGCUGGAGGAAAUCGUGCUCUCCUUCUUCUUAAUAUUAUUCUUCUUAUCACUUCGUUAUUUAGGCUCCGAUUGCACAUUAACUUAAAAAUUGCUAAACACACACUAACACGAGCAGCAUCCAUUUUUAUUUCCGCAAACACAGUGCGCUGCGUCUGACGUCACGCCGCCUUCUGCGCAUGCGUGUCACUUCAGGGUCGUAUACGGUUCACACAUGAGAAUGAUGGCAGUCGCAUUUAAAUGACAAUGUGAACAACAGCGCAAAAAAAAUCGGAUUUCAGCAAAAAAUCCGAUCUGAGCAUUAAGACCUGCAGUGUGAACUAAGUCAUAUAUGAAAAUGCACCUCAGAGCGAACAGACAAAACACAAUAAAUGCGGUCAUUGCUUUCAGAGGUGGAUGCCUGCUGUUUGGGAACGCGCCGGUGUAAGACAAUUAUACUGAAAUACUUUGAUGACAGACUUUACUCAGGCAUUUCAGAACAACCAAAACAACAUUUCAAAUGCUGUGCAACAAGAUCGGUCCGCAGAUUAGUCAAGUUAUCCCAUCCCAUAACAGUUAUCCCAUAAAAGUCACGACUUUCUUUGAUGUGCAUGGUGGAAUUUAUUCGGUAAAUGUGUUCCCAUCGUAGUUUAUGCGCAUUUUUUCUUAUCGGAUAAAAAGUUUAUCCUACUCAAAUGUGUGCGAAGUUUUUACAAGGUAAUGAAUCACUCUCUAACUCAGAUAAUGACAGAAGCAUUCACGCAUAUGCCAAGCAUUCACUUCAAGUCUGAAGAAUAAUUUGGUCUUUACUGCAAUUUGUGAAGCUUUAACAGACGAUUCAGACAGUCAGCAAAAAUAUGAUUUUUUGCAUAUCCAGAUAUUAUCCAUAUGUUGUUUUUUUUGAAAGUCUAGACAGGAAAAACAAACAAGCACAUGAUUUUUUUUUUUUUUUCUUCAAAUUGAUUAAAACCACAUACAAAGGUAUUUUAAAAUGUGAUUAUAAUCAGAUUUUUAUAAAUGCAUCACAUUCUGGGCACACAAUGAGAUUUCAAAUUGUCUUUUGCAUCACUCUUCACGCAACACACAAUAACAUCAAAACUGGUAACGGAAAUGCCAGAAAUAUUCACACCGUAUUCAAAUGAAGCCGAAGCCAGGUGUGACUACAGCACAGAACAUCACUAUAUAAAGCAGUUUCUUCCAUCCCUGAGUUCUUCUUGUGUGAUGGAGGAGUUCUGCACUGUGACACGACAAGGCACUUAUUUGGAGAUCGAGGAUGCACCUCCAUUUUUCCUGCAUCUGUUUUUAAGCCUUGGGUAAAACCAAAGAAACUCAUGCAGAUAAGUUGGUUAUGUCUGGACACACAAAUCUGAUUAUAUCACUUGCAAUGAAUAGUGUGAACAGUCUGCCUGAAAAGAUCUGAUUUGAAAAAGAAAAAAGAAAAAAAAAGAGGCAGCAGCUAUUUGCACUAAGUGAAAAUAGCAGUAUUUUUUAACAAUAUGCUAUUUACACUAAGUGCACAUAGCUAUAGAUUCUAUUUACACUAUAUUAAAAUAGCAAGAUUUUCUGCUAUUUAUAUACUACUUAUUGCAAAUAGUGGCAAUUAUCUGCACCUCAGUACUGUAGUACAUUAUAAAACAGUAAGCAGUAAUAAUGUAUUGAGUGUAAAUUAUAGUUUUAAUUGAAAUUAUUAAAUGGAUGCCACCUUAUUGGGACAAUAAAGCCCUCCCUACACCUACACCUACCCUAACCGUACCCGAUACUUUAUUUUCAACUUUUUGAUUAUUUCCUUCAUUUUUAUUGAAAAUAAAUGCCUUUCCAAUGCGAUAUGAGAUUUGAAAAGGGAGAAAAAAAAGUUCGGCAAGAGGUGGGUUCGAACUCGGGUCGAACGCGUCAAAAAGCACACGCCUUUCCAUCUACACCACUGAAGCUGAUGUUGAACGAGCAUCUUUUUUCAGUGUUGAUUAUCCCAAUCACACGUUCGUGAGUUAGUGUAAAUAGCCUUUGCCAACAAGGCGGGCUAUAUGCACUUAGUGUAAAUAGACACUCCGAAAA